AUGGCAACCGUCAGGGGAGGGGAGCGGUGCUCUGCACUUGCGCCUUCGUGCUCGAGGUCCGGUGCGCUCGCCGCACAGACACCUGGGUCUUUCCGAAGGACUGCCGCUCUCCGCUCUGCGUUUGUCCUUUUCCUCUCCGUUUUCUUCCAGUGCACAGAAGCUGUCCUCUUCGAGGUUCCCGGCAACAGCCGGGAGUGCUUCUUCGUCCCUGUCAACGCCCCGCGCACGAACAUCAACGGUCGCUACGAAUCUUUCCGUGGAAGCGAGAGGAUCCGCGUCACCGUCGAAGGCCCCGUCGUGCCGCCGGACCCCGACCAGCCGAAACCGCAGAUGACAAGCCAAAUGCUCUUCUCCUCCACCAAAGAAAGCUCUGCAUUCAAAGUGCAACUUCCAGCUUCGGGAUUCUUCAAAAUAUGCGUGGGAAACACCCUCUCGUAUGCACAGACCGUCACUCUGAACUUCCACGUCGCUCCUUCGUCCGUGGAUGAAGGGUCCGCGGAGCCGGGGAGCUCGAAGCGCCCGCCCGAUGUGAACCAACUGGUCAUGAGCAGCCACACAGAGGAGCUGAAGAAUCUGUCCGACAAAGUCCUCGAAAUGGCAAACGGCCUCUUUGAGCAGCAGUCGAACUCUCUCGCGCGCAUGGCAGUCCACGAGCAGUUGGGGACCUCGACGCGAAACCGCGCCAGUCUGUGGAAGGUCAUUCAAAUGUGCUCGCAGAUCGUCCUUUCUCUCGUUCACAUCUACGCUGUCCGGUCUCACUUUGAAGUGAAGACCAUCGUGUGA